AUGUGCGAAUGUCAACCAUUCGGAUCCAAAAUACCAGAUAUACUUGAAAAUCCAAAGAGCCACUGCAAAAUGGACGAUAUAUAUUACGCUAUCGCUUUACUUGUGCCUGCGAUUGUAGGAAAUAUAAUUUGGGUGUCAUUGUCGGACAUACUUGGACGAAAGUUUGGCUUUUACUUGACACUAUUUGGCGCAAUCGUAAGCAAUGGAACUUUUUCGGUGGUAUCAUACUUUAAUCUGAGCUUAUACUUUAUAAUAAUCGGUAAAGCUCUCGACAGUCUAACAGGAUCGUAUAUUGCUUUUCUUGCAAUGAUAUAUUCUUAUACUUGUGAUAUUACUGCACCCGACAAAUCCAGAACACUCGCAAUUGUUUCCAUGGAACUAUUAGUAGGAAUUACCGUAACAUCAGCGUCCAUGAUUACUGGUUAUUUUAUUGAAGCAGCGGGAUUCUUUUGGCCUUCAUUGACGGCAACAUGCUUACUUAUAAUUGCGAUUCUGAUUGUUCUAUUUUUCGUCCCUGAAACUAAUGACAUUCAGCAACGCAGAGGGUCACAAACAGUACAUUUGACAGCUUCAACAAGAGUAAAACGUGCAAUGCUUAGCAUUCUAGAAGCCUUUAAGAUUUAUUUCACAAACGAUUCCAGAGUGAAACGAAUGAAGUAUAUCUUACUAGUCCUUAGCUUCCUGUUUCUGACCAUCCCGUACUUUAAUCGAGGAGGAAUGGAGAUUUUGUACCAGAUGGGGCAGCCAUUUUGUUGGUCUUCCAAGAAGAUUGGUUGGUUUGCUGCCCUGAAAAUCUCUACAGCGUCUGUGUUUGGAGUUGCUGGCACAUACCUUUUACAAAAAUGUAUGACAGAUGACAUUAUUGCCACGCUUGGAACAAUCAUCGGGAUUGCCUCGUAUGUUGUGGAGGGUUUUGCAAAACAGUCCAUCAUCUGGUUAGUCCCCGUUAUUAGUGCCACUUCCGGACUUCCUAUCCUGAUGAUUCGCAGUCUGAUGUCGUCUUUGACGCCUGCUGACAAACAAGGUGCAUUGUUUGCCAGUAUCGGGGCAUUAGAUACAGUAUGCACUUUGAUCGGAAUAGUGAGUAGCAACGACAUCUACUCAGCCACAUUAACGAUUAUGAAUGGUUUUGUGUUCGAGAUAAUGGCUGCCUUUUCCCUGAUAGGAGUUAUCUUUCUCGUAGCGUACAUAUUCGUUUCACGGCUUAUGGUAGACACAGACUCGGAAGAUGAUAUCACCAACAGGGUUACUGCAGAUGAGUGAAUGGAUGUGAAAUAUGGGGAAAUAUUUGUCAUCACGAACAUAUUAUACAUCUGUGAGAUUUGCUUUCAGGCUGGUAUGCUGGUGAAUAGUGAAGUGGUUUCAAACAUGUUUGUAAAAAUAUCAAAGCUUAAUUCGUGUAAAGUCUUUGACAAUAAAUAUUUUACCCCUU